AAGCGAUUUCUAAACAAAGUAGGUUUAUGAAGGAAACCCAUUUGAAAUAUCCUUUUAGAAAAUUUGAAUGGCAAAAGCCGAACAUGAAUACAACAAAUAAAUUGUGUCAUUCAGAGAAUGCGGGAAACCCGCUCGGUACAAAGCUCAACACGACCAGGCGAUAAGGAGAGAUAAGAGCCCGACUAUUUUUGGAAGAUCCAGAGGGCGAUGGUAUCAAAAACAGCUCUAAGACCACCCAAAGCGAAUUAUAACGAUGAGAUAACCAGUUCAUCAGUAGAGAGUGCCCAGUACUGAUAAGACCUAUGGUAACAGGUCAUAUGGAGCCGCUGCUGUUGCUGCAGUUACCGUAGAUAGCCGAUCCCCAAUUCAGAUCUCAAUGUUUUUGCGCAGAUGAUGCCCGUCCGAAGAUAAUGUCGAGGAUGUCGAUGAGGAUGUAAAAGCUAAGGAGAAUUAUGACCAGGCCUGAGAUUUUCUGGGAUAUUCUGCCCUUCUGAACACGCAAACCAGCCAAAGUCACUGAGGUGGAGUACAAUGCAUUUUAUAAGAGUUUGGCCAAGGAUUCGAGAGAGCCUCUAACCCAAACCCAUUUUGUUGCCAAAGGCGAGGUCACCCUCAAUAGUUAGCUGUACAUUUCAGGCUCAAGACCAGGUCGGACAACAUUAGGAUAAUUGAAAUUAGAAUUUAAUUUGAAAACCUAGCUCAUAGCAGAUUCCGUGGAAGCGAUUUCUAAACAAAGUAGGUUUAUGAAGGAAACCCAUUUGAAAUAUCCUUUUAGAAAAUUUGAAUGGCAAAAGCCGAACAUGAAUACAACAAAUAAAUUGUGUCAUUCAGAGAAUGCGGGAACCCGAGCGGGUUCGCUCGGUACAAAGCUCAACACGACCAGGCGAUAAGGAGAGAUAAGAGCCCGACUAUUUUUGGAAGAUCCAGAGGGCGAUGGUAUCAAAAACAGCUCUAAGACCACCCAAAGCGAAUUAUAACGAUGAGAUAACCAGUUCAUCAGUAGAGAGUGCCCAGUACUGAUAAGACCUAUGGUAACAGGUCGUAUGGAGCCGCUGCUGCAGUUACCGUAGAUAGCCGAUCCCCAAUUCAGAUCUCAAUGGUAAUCAAUUAGUAAGCAGCGAUUGUAAAUUAGCAAACGUUGACAGACAGUCCCGGGCCGCUUAUCGCCCAGGGCCCAUGUCAAGGGCUAUCGGUGCGCCCUGAGCCGGCGGCGGCAGUGGCAGUGGCAGUGGCAGAGGCAGAGGCAGAGGCAUCGACGUCGGCAGAGGCAGCGGCACCGACACCGGCUGCAGCACUUGGGUCUCUGAUAGAGGCCGUUGUCAUUAUUCGCUCGCAUCUCAGACGUCCAGCAACGGUCCAGCUGAGCGGACGGACGGUCCUAAGUAUUAUUUAUAAUGUUCCCGCUGCUGAAUCGCUCGGUCUUCGUGGUCUGCCGCUGCUGCCUGAUGGAGCAGCCGGCGCAGUGCCACAGCAUUCGUGACAAUAAUCAGCUAAGCAUCGAGCUGCUCACCCUGGCGCCCAAUCUACAGAUUGUGCCCAGCGAUGUCAUAUGUCAGCUGUGCCUGCAUCGUCUGCACGAUGCCCUCGAGUUCCGGGAGCGCUGCGAGGAAUCUGAACGCAUCUUACGUGCCCGGCACGAGCAGGCACUGGACGAUGCGCUCGAGUGCCUCGAACGCGAAGUCGGCUGUCUGGAGCAGGCCAAAUCAACGUCCAUGUCAUCGCAGCUGGAACCGGUCGAUUUCGGUACCAUGGAUUUGUCGGAUUUGUUUCGGUCCAGUUACGAGCAGCCAGAGACGACAUUUGCCAGCUGGGAUACCGGGACACUGAACACGCCCAUCCAUUUGCCCGCCACACUGGAGCAACUGGAGGCAAGCAAUGCGCCCGCGGAGCAGCAGCAGGGCGGCAAGGCGGACAGUAUGCCAGCGCCAGUGGAUGUGCCCAAGCGCAAGAGGGCGCCACGCAACAAGUCGGGGACAACAACAGGUGGCGCGACGCGUACCAGGACACCAAAAUCGCUGCGUCCGUGCAGCGAAUGUGAGAAGAAAUUUACGCGUAACUUUCAGCUGAAGUUGCACAUGAUAUCGGUGCACGGACUGGGCGAUGGGCUGCGCUAUGAGUGCGAGGUGUGCUCGAAGAGUUUCGCAUCGCGUCACAGCCUGCGCUAUCAUUUCACAUCGCUGCACUCGACGGAACGGCCAUUUGCCUGCGAGCUGUGCGAUCGGCGCUUCGUGCUGCGCACCCAACUGAUCUCGCAUGCCCGCAUGCAUACGGGCGAAACAAAGCCGCGCAUCUUUGACUGCAGCGUCUGCGGCAAAACGUGGCCAACCAAAUCGGAUCUGCGCACCCAUAUGCGCUCCCACGAUCCCGACAUGUCCAAGCGUCCGUAUAAAUGUGAUAAGUGCAACAAGGCCUUCUUCACGCGGGGCCACCUCAACUCGCACCAUUUGGUCCACACCGGCGAGAAGCCGUAUGCCUGCACCUACUGCGACAAGUCCUAUCAGAGCGUUGGCAAUCUCAACAAUCACACUCUGCGACAGCAUUCGAAUAUUAUUGAGGCGCGGCUGAAUCUCAAAUACACAGACUCCAUGGAUAUUGAGGCCUAGUGUGCGAUUCAGACACCAAAAAUUAGCUUACUUCGUUUUUUAACUAAGCAAAUAUUAAUAAACUAAAUUCCUUCCUAAAAACUAUGCAUAAGAAAA